CAGCCAGAGUCAAGUCAGAAGGAGAAUUUGGAUCUGCAGGCGCUGAGUCACCUCCUGCAAACUCCAAACGAGGUAUGAGAUUUACAGGACCUCCAAUCAAAUUAAAGGUGUCCCAGGGUCAACCCGUGAAACUAAAUUGCAGCCUGGAGGGAAUGGAAGAUCCCGAGAUGUUGUGGAUCAAGGACGGAGCAGUGGUGCAAAGCGUAGACCAGGUGUACAUUCCAGUAGAUGAAGAACACUGGAUCGGCUUCCUCAGCUUGAAAUCCGUCGAGCGGACAGAUUCUGGGAAGUACUGGUGCCAGGUUGAGAACGGGGGGAAGAAGGAAGAAUCACAACAAGUGUGGCUCAUAGUGGAAGGUGUGCCCUAUUUCACUGUGGAACCUGAGGAUGUGUCCGUGUCCCCUAAUGCCCCUUUUCAUAUGGCCUGUGCUGCUGUCGGUCCCCCUGAACCAGUGACAAUUGUCUGGUGGAUGGGAGACUCUAGAGUGGGGCUUCCAGACGUCUCCCCCUCCAUCUUAAACGUGUCAGGUAUUAAUCAAAGCACAGUUUUCUCCUGCGAAGCUCACAACGUAAAGGGAUUGUCUUCAUCUCGGACUGCCACUGUUCAAAUCAAAGCCAUGCCUCUCCCGCCUCUCAAUGUAACUGUGAGCCAAGUCACCAGCAGCAAUGCCAGCGUGGUCUGGGUGCCAGGAUUUGAUGGCCGUGCACCUCUGCAUUCUUGCACUCUUCAGGUAGCUGAGUCACCAGAUGGGCAGGAGGUGUCCACUGAGGUCACCCCAGUGCCACCCUUUUCCUACACCGUGCAAGGCCUGAAGCAUUCCAGCAACUACAGCGUCCGUGUGCAGUGCAGCAAUGAGAUGGGCAGCUCCCCUUUCACCGACAGGGUUUAUUUCCAGACCCUGCAGCUUGCUCCAAACAGCACCCCUCAAAAUAUCCAUGUCAUUCAAAGAGAUCCUGGUUUAAUUUUGGAGUGGGAAGGUGUGGCUCCAGAUGUGCUGAAAGAAAAUGUCCUGGGAUACAGACUGGAAUGGAUUCAGGAUAAUGUAACUCAGGGGGAGAUGAUCGUGCAGGACACAAAAGCCAAUCUCACCAUGUGGAAUCCUCUCAAAGACCUGAUUAUCAGGGUGUGUGUGCUGAACUCUGCAGGGUGUGGGCCCUGGAGUGACCUCUUCCUGCUCGAAGCCCAGGAGGUCAUGGGUGGCCAGAGACAACCUCCUUAUGGGACAUCCUGGGUUCCUGUGGCAUUGGGCAUUCUCACAGCUCUGGUCACUGCUGUUGCCCUGGCUCUUAUUCUCCUUCGAAAAAGAAGAAAGGAAACUCGGUUUGGCCAUGCCUUUGGCAGUGUGGUUGGCAGAGGGGAUCCAGCAGUCCAUUUCAGAGCUGCCAGGUCUUUCAACAGGGAGGGCCCAGAGCUCAUUGAAGCAACAUUGGAGAGUGUAGGGAUCAGUGAUGAGUUGAAGACAAAACUAAAAGAUGUCUUAAUCCAGGAACAGCAGUUCACCCUGGGAAGAAUGUUGGGCAAGGGGGAGUUUGGGUCUGUUCGAGAGGCGCUACUGAAGCUGGGUGAUGGCUCUUUCCAGAAAGUGGCAGUGAAGAUGCUGAAAGCGGACAUCUUCACCUCGACUGACAUUGAGGAGUUCCUGCGGGAGGCUGCCUGUAUGAAGGAGUUUGACCACCCUCAUGUCACCAAACUGAUUGGGGUCAGUCUGCGAAGCCGCCCCAAGGGCCGUCUCCCCAUUCCCAUGGUGAUCCUGCCCUUCAUGAAGCACGGAGACCUCCACGCGUUUCUGCUGAUGUCACGGAUUGGGGAAAACCCCUUUAACUUGCCUGUUCAGACACUCCUCAAGUUCAUGAUUGAUAUUGCCAGUGGGAUGGAGUACUUGAGCUCAAAAAAUUUCAUACACAGGGACCUUGCAGCUCGGAACUGCAUGUUGGAUGAGAACAUGAACGUGAGUGUUGCAGACUUUGGACUUUCUAAGAAAAUCUACAGUGGAGACUACUACCGCCAGGGCUGUGCCUCCAAGCUGCCAGUGAAGUGGCUUGCUCUGGAAAGCCUGGCAGAUAAUCUGUACACAACACACAGUGAUGUGUGGGCAUUUGGGGUGACCAUGUGGGAGAUUGUGACCCGAGGGCAAACCCCUUAUGCUGGCAUUGAGAAUGCAGAAAUCUACAACUACCUCAUCAGUGGGAACAGGCUGAAGCAGCCCCCGGAGUGCCUGGAAGAUGUCUAUGAUCUCAUGUGCAGAUGCUGGCAUCCUGAGCCCAAGCUACGCCCCAGCUUCGGAGUACUGCGGUCCCAGCUGGAAAUGAUUCGCGGGAGGAUGUCCACGCUCUCUUCCAGCCAAGAUCCUCUCUAUGUCAACAUUGGGAAGGACAAAGAGGUGUCUGCAAGUGACCCUGCCCUGCACGCCUCCUUUGGAAAUAUGGAUGCUGAAGAGACUGUUGCUGGGGCAGCUGCUGCUGUCACAAGUGACUAUCGUUACAUCAUGAGCCCCCUGUGCCUUGGAGAUGAUGCUGAGGGUGAAAGGCAUCCAGAUGGACAAGAAGGGGAGGACAAAAGCCUUCUGUAUGAGCUAGAGACAGAAGGAGAGAAAAGUUGCUAGCCUGUACAUAGCAGUGACACUCUGCUUCCCUGGGACUGGAUGUGUGCAGCAUGGUGCUGUGUCUCCUGGGGCUCUGAUGCCAGACCUGGAAUGGCUUUGAACAGCACUGGCCAGGGCUCUUGGGCAGCUUUUGUAGCUUUCACCACCUGUGUGGGCUGCAGUAGCAAAUAACUUGGAAGAACUGCAACCCCAACAACCCCUUGGAUUUGGGGGGGGAGGCAGUAGAGUUGCAGGUUGACCACAUCCUGCUGACAGGAGUUCAGAGCUAAGGUGGCAGUCAGAGUCUGUGCUCUGCUUCUUCUCACUGAGUGCUGGAGCAGAGCUGAAUACACCUUCUGUUCAGUCAGUG